AUGGUGCGAGGUACGAUGCUAUUUUUGCCAUUCAUAGCAAUAUGUUUGUUCGCGUUACAUCCAACGUGUCACGCCCGAGAACUGGUCAGUGCGGAAUCGCGUAUCAGUCGGCGUGAUGUGCGAGAAAAAAACGAUGACGGUCAUGUAAGUCAUUUAGAGCCAAUCGUAGUGUCAUCGCCAGUCGCAGAGGUAGGUGAUCUCGAAACGGCAGCGACUGAACAUAAAAAAGGGCAUCAUCAUGAAUCCGGUGGUGGUCAUAAACAUGAAUCUCAUCAUCACGAGGAUCAUGGUGGAAAAGGUGAGAAGGGAUACAAGAGUCAUCAUCAUCACGAUGAAAGCGAUAGCGGUAAGCACGAUAAGGAGCAUCAUUCUGGUCAUCAUGAGGAACAUGGUGGCAAAAAGAAAGGUCAUCACGACGAGCACGAAAAGUAUGGCGAACAUCACGAAGGCGAAAAAGGUCAUAAGGGCGGCAAGUUCGGCGAGAAAAAGGGCCAUAAGAAGGGUCAUAAGACGAAGGGUUACCACAAUAAGUUCCACAAAGACGAAUAUCAUAAAGAGCAUAAGUUUUACGAUGAUUAUCAUAAGGGCGGACAUCAUGAGAAGCACGGUGACUUUCAUGGUCAUCACGAGAAGAAGGAAGGUAAUCAUAAAAAGGGUGGUCAUCAUCAUUCCGGUUAUCACGAGGAUCAUCAUGGCAAAAAGGGCCAUCAUGACAAAGGUCAUCACGAUGAGGAGCACAAGGGUCACCAUGGCAAACACGGUCACGAGGAGCACCAUUCUCAUCAUGAUGGAUAUGGCAAGAAAGGCGAUCAUCAUUCCGGAAAAAAAUACGGUUAUAAGAAAGGACAUUAGAAUUGUAGACUCAAGUAUUAUAGAUAAAAAAU